CAUCUUCUUCUGCAAUUAUAUUCACGCUUCUCUCUUGUAUUUUUAUCGUUUUCUGAUUAAGCUCCGGCGGCUGUAUCUCUCUCUGUGCCUGCAUUUCUCUUUGAAUUGAAGCAGCCUUUUUUCCGGGUGGCUGGAAAAGAUGGAUUUAUCGACGGCUUUGAUGAUACUGGCGUUUGUAGCGGCUUACUUUAUUUGGUUCAAAUCCGUCACGGCGUCUUUGAGGGGGCCGCGGCUGUGGCCGGUGGUCGGAAGUUUGCCGGGGCUGAUAGUAAACGGCCACCGCAUGCACGAGUGGAUUGCGGAGAAUCUACGCGCUUGCGGCGGCACGUACCAGACCUGCAUUUUUGCGGUUCCGGUUCUUGCGCGGAAGCAGGGUCUCGUGACGGUCACGUGUGAUCCGAAGAAUUUAGAGCACAUUUUGAAGGUUAGGUUCGACAAUUACCCCAAGGGUCCCACGUGGCAAGCUGUGUUCCAUGAUCUGCUGGGGGAGGGGAUCUUCAAUUCUGAUGGCGACACGUGGCUGUUCCAACGGAGGACUGCCGCGCUGGAAUUCACCACCAGGACGCUGCGCCAAGCCAUGGCUAGGUGGGUUAGCCGCGCCAUUAAGAUGCGGUUCUGUCCGAUCCUAAAGACGGCUCAGCUCGAGAGCAAGCCGGUUGAUCUCCAGGACCUCCUUCUCCGGCUCACUUUCGACAAUAUUUGCGGCUUGGCUUUCGGGAAGGACCCACAGACUCUCUCCCCUGGGCUCCCGGAAAACAGCUUCGCGUCGGCUUUCGACCGAGCCACGGAAGCCACGCUGCACCGCUUUAUUCUCCCCGAGUUUAUCUGGAAAUUUAAGAAGUGGCUCGGGCUCGGAAUGGAGGUCAACUUGAGCCAAAGCUUGACACACGUGGACCACUACUUGACUGACGUCAUCACUACACGUAAGCUGGAGCUGGUGAGUCAGCAGGAGGGCGGGCCCCAACACGACGAUUUACUCUCCCGGUUCAUGAGGAAAAAGGAGACAUACACUGACAAGUUCCUCCAACACGUGGCACUCAAUUUCAUCCUAGCUGGACGCGACACGUCAUCCGUGGCUCUGAGCUGGUUCUUCUGGCUAGUCAGCUUGAACCCACGUGUGGAAGAGAAAAUCCUGAUGGAGCUUUGCACGGUUCUGAUGGAGACACGUGGCAAGGAUACCUCAAAAUGGCUUGAAGACCCCCUAGUCUUCGAAGAAGUCGAUCAACUGAUAUACCUCAAGGCGGCGUUAUCCGAAACCCUAAGGCUCUACCCGUCGGUGCCGGAGGACUCAAAACACGUCGUCACCGACGACGUAUUGCCGGACGGAACAUUCGUUCCCGCCGGCUCCAACAUCACAUACUCGAUAUACUCAGUUGGCCGGAUGAAAUUCAUUUGGGGCGAAGAUUGCUUGGAAUUCAAACCGGAGAGAUGGCUAUCCAAAGACGGCAAGAAAUUCGAACUCGACGAUCAGUUCAGGUUCGUCUCAUUCAAUGCAGGCCCUAGGAUCUGUCUCGGCAAGAAUUUAGCUUACCUGCAAAUGAAAUCCAUCGCGGCGGCCGUGCUGCUCCGCCACCGCCUCGCGGUGGCGCCGGGCCACAAGGUCGAGCAGAAAAUGUCGCUUACAUUGUUCAUGAAAUACGGUUUGCUGGUGAACGUAUUCCCUAGGGAUUUGGCUCCGUUCAUGGCCAAGAUUGGCACGCGCGACUCACGUGAUGAACCGCGUCUCGCAAAUGGUAAUUGUUACGCUCAAGUCGUCACCGUCAACGCUGCUGCUUAAGAAGCCAAUUAAUUAACUUUAUUAUUAUAUUAUAAUGUGAAUAAAUCAAAUUAUUAUAGUACCAUAAAGAAGAAGAUUUGUAUAACGUUUUUUCUUUUCUUCCCCAUAAUCCUAUUUCUUUGCCUGAAAUAGGCGAAAUCGCUUGUCCCAAGAGCAUCACGCCUCAACCCUCAUAAAAUGGUACAAUCUUAUUUAUUUAAUAUACUAUAUAUUGUAUUUUUACCUAUUAUAUUAAUCAAUGUUGAUAAUAAAAUCUCAAAUUUCUACU